AUGGCAACAACUGCCCAACCUGACGACCAGGCUCGCCUCCUUGAGGAUGCCUUGGCAGCUGUGAGACAGCAAACAUCAUUGAUGCGGAAAUGCCUCGACACUCCCGGGAAACUUAUGGACGCCCUCAAGUGCUGCUCGACCCUUGUUUCUGAACUUCGCACCAGCAGCCUUGGGCCGAAGCAAUACUAUGAGCUCUACAUGUCUGUAUUCGAUGCCCUGCGCUAUUUGUCUGUUCACCUGCGCGAGAACCACCCGGUCAACCACCUCGCCGACCUGUACGAGUUGGUUCAGUAUGCCGGCAACAUCAUUCCGCGAUUGUACCUCAUGAUUACUGUUGGAACGGCUUACAUGUCGAUCGCGGAUGCACCCGUCAAGGAACUCAUGAAGGACAUGAUGGACAUGAGCCGAGGGGUCCAACAUCCCAUUCGCGGGCUCUUCCUUCGAUACUACCUGUCAGGACAGGCACGAGACUUCCUCCCCACGACUGACAGCGAGGGACCGGAGGGAAAUCUGAGCGACUCGAUCAACUUUAUCUUGACGAAUUUUGUGGAGAUGAACAAGCUGUGGGUGCGGUUGCAGCACCAGGGUCACUCCAGGGAGCGGGAGCAGAGGAUCCGCGAACGAAAGGAACUCCAGCUGCUGGUGGGCAGCAAUAUUGUUCGUCUGAGCCAGCUUGUUGACCUCGAAACGUACAAGACUGGCAUCCUCGGGCCUUUGCUGGAGCAAGUCGUGCAGUGCCGCGAUGUUCUGGCGCAGGAGUACCUUCUCGAAGUCAUCACCCAGGUGUUCCCGGAUGAAUUCCACCUUCAUACCCUGGACCGAUUCCUCGCUGCAGUCUCUAGGUUAAACCCGCACGUGGACGUGAAAUCCAUCGUUAUUGGGCUUAUGGACCGGCUAUCAGAGUACGCCGACCGGGAAGGGUCUACUGGCAAGGGUACCGACCAGGAGAAGGCCGAAGCCGAGGCCGAGGCACUGUCAGACUUGUUGGAAAAAGCCAAGCUCCAGGAAGACGGCGGCCUAAAAGCAGCAGUAAGUGCCGAGUUAGAACCUCACGCAGCAGGCGCGACGGCAGUUGAGCCAGGCCCAACCGAGCAGGGUCAAGGGGGUCCCUCGGCCGAACCAGCAGGCAACGACACCAAUGCUGUCGGUGGUGAGUCGACCUCGUCGGCCGAGAUGGGGGCCGCAGCCGUCAAUGGAAAAGAGGCAGAUGGCACAAGCGUUCAACUCUACGAAAUCUUCUUUGCGCAGGUCAAGAAUCUGGUCGAGGCGCAGCAUCUUCCCGUCCAAGACAGCAUUGCCUUGCUUGUUUCCCUGUGCAACCUCGCACUCAACAACUACCCCGAACGCUUGGAUUACGUCGACCAGAUACUGGCUUUUGCGACGAUAAAAUCCAAAGAGAACAUCAACAACGCCGACAUGCACUCACCGGCGGCCCAGCAGAGCCUUCUUGCCCUGCUUCAGGCGCCAUUGAUGCGGUACACGUCCAUGUUCACGGCCCUUUCACUCCCUACCUAUGUCCCAUUGUUCCAAUGCCAAUCCUACCCUACUCGACGUGCCGUGGCUGGUGGUAUCCUGCGAGCGCUGUUGAAGGACCAUGUCAAGAUUUCCUCUGUUUCUCAGCUCGAGAACGUCCUCGAGGUCAUGUCAGUGCUCAUCAAGGAGGGCUCACAAGCUCCCCAAGGGUAUCCAGGUAUUUCGCAGAGGCGGGCUGUGGAGACGGACGAGACCAUGGAAGAACAAAGCUGGCUGGCGAGGAUGGUGCACUUACUGCAGGCCGAGGACAACGACACACAGUUCAAGCUGUUGCAAAUGGCCCGGAAAGCGUACGCGGAUGGCAAUGAUCGCAUACGGACGACAAGCCCGCCACUCAUCACUGCAUGUCUCAAGCUUGCUAGAAGGUUCAAGCUUCGGGAGCACUACGACGAUAAAUGGGAAACGCAAAGCAACUCCCUCUUCAAGUUCGUCCACUCGAUCCUGAGCACACUCUACACCCGCGUCAACGGUACCGGCGCCUCUGAGUUGGUGCUGCGCCUGUUUUGCAGCGCCGGGCAAGUCGCCGACUCGACUGGCUUUGAGGAGGUUGCCUACGAGUUCUACGCCCAGGCGUUCACUGUGUACGAAGAAGCCGUGUCGGAUUCCAAAGCGCAGUUUCAGGCAGUCUGUAUUAUCGCCGCCUCUCUCCAUCAGACCCGUCACUUUGGCAAGGAAAACUAUGACACGCUUAUUACGAAGUGUGCGCAGCAUGGUAGCAAACUUCUGCGGAAGCCCGAUCAGUGUCGCGCGGUGUAUUUGGCCAGCCACUUGUGGUGGGCUACCCCAGUGGCGUCCAACGGAGAGACCGAAGAGACCGAGCUCUACCGCGAUGGCAAGCGGGUGCUUGAAUGCUUGCAGCGGGCACUUCGAGUUGCGGACUCUUGCAUGGAGACUGCCACGUCCAUCGAGCUCUUCGUGGAGAUACUAGACCGAUAUGUCUAUUACUUUGACCAGCAGAAUGAAUCGGUCACUACCAAAUAUCUCAACGGUUUGAUUGAGCUGAUACAUUCGAACCUGGCCGGGAACCAGCAGGACUCAGUGUCCGUCGAAACAAGCAAGAAGCACUUCCACCAGACGCUGGAGAACAUCAAGAGUAGACAGUAUGAAGGCGUGGUGCUAUACCCCAGCUAG